AUGUCGAUUAUCAAGGAAUUGAAAUCACAGUUCUCUUCGAUCGCUUGGUGUCCCAUCAAGGAGCAUGUCAGUAUUAUGGCAGUUGCCUCCAUGAAAGAUUACGUUCCUUUGGAGGAGGAUACCGCGAAAUCAUUAAGACUCUAUGACUGGAGCCUGGAGGAUGUUAGAAAGAGUCAGUUUGUUGCUGAGACGACGCUUUCUUCUGAAAUUAGCUGUAUAAGCUGGGGUUGUACAGCGAUUCCUAAUCGGGAGGGUGCCCAGGGCUUGAUUUGCCUUGGAAUGCCGUCUGGAUGUGUGGAGCUGUGGAUUCCUUGCUGCAGUGUAUCAAAGACCUGGACAUUGGAGAAGGUUGUCGUGUGCUUGUUCCGUGUGAUUUAUAGAUCGCCUCUUAUCUGCUUCAACUGUCAUAACGGGUGGAACCAGCUUUGUGUUGGCUGCAAGGAUGGCUCUGUAUCCCUUGUUGAUCUGACCACGAUCGAUCAUCCGGAAGUGUCGAUGCUGACGAGACCGAAUAUGAAUUAUAGCGAAAUCACACAUGCUUCCUGGAAUCCGAAGGUCGGCCACAUUGUGUGCACGAGCACUGCUUCGGGUCGUGUGGUUGUGUGGGAUAUUCGCCAGAAGACCGUCUGGUGCGAGCUGUUUGACAACAACACCAACCGCGUGAGUCAAGUGGCGUGGAAUCCCCACGACGGUUUGCAGCUUCUGACUGCGAUCGAUUCGGACGCUUCUCCCUUGCUGAAGCUGUGGGACCUUCGGAGCAGCACUUCCUGCCCGCUGGCCGAGCUCGCGGGGCAUUCGAAGGGCGUACUGGACUUGGUGUGGAACGCCGAGGAUCCUCGCUUUGUGGCAUCGACAGGCCGCGACAACAAGCUCUUGCUGUGGGACAUGAGCAAGCGGGAAGUCAUCGGCGACAUCACGAACGGAGAGGAGAAGCCGGAGCUUCCGACGGACGCUGCGGACUUCUUCACGACCGUGGCGCGCGCGGCGAGCGCUACGCGCAAGACGCAGGUGCUGUGGAACCAGUUUAACCCCGCUGUGAUCGCCACGGCGGCCUCCGAUGGGAGUAUCGUCCUGCACAACGUGGAGGGCGUGUCGAUGAAGAAGUCGGUGGUGUCGUCGGCUGUUUAUUCGGCGGUGAACGGAUGCGAAAACCGCUUCCAUGGAAAGGUGCUCUCCGUGUCCGAUCUGGUGUGUGGGAACGACGUGAAGGAAGAGAUCGGCCAGUUUGAGAGCGCCAUGGCGCAGGGCGAUCUGAAGGGAUUCUGCGAUCGGAUGGUGGCGGUGUGCGAGGAUCCGCGUGAGAACGAGAUGUGGCUGUUUAUGAAGUGCAUGUUCGAAGACGACGCGCGAAACACGCUCAUUAAGCAUCUCGGCUACGUCCUUCCGCCCACUGAACAGCCCUCGGAGAGCGAGGCGCAGCCCGCUCAGCCCGCACAGCCCGUCGAGAUUCCGCAGCCCGUCGAGAAACCCGCGAUCACCGCGGAAGAUCUCUUCGCGAGCGCGUCUCCCCUCGCCAACGAAUCGCCUCUCGCGGAAACUGCCGCUGUGGAGGAACCAAAGGAGCCAAAGGAAGCAGAGGAAGCGACUCUCUCCGCGGUGGAGGAAGAGAACGCGGAGUGGGUGUCCGAGCUGAAGCAGAGCGUGAUCGUGGGCGAUUUCGCGCGUGCUGUGGAAGUGUGUUUCAAGUAUGGCCGAUUUGCCGACGCCUUGGUGCUUUCCGCCUGGGGAGGAAGCGAGUUGGUCCAGCAAACCACCGACCGCUACAUGCGCGAGCAAGCGUCGUCGACGCUCAAGUCGCUGGCGACGAUCGUGUCUGGCGACUUGACGGAGGCCGUGGCUUCGACGACGGUCGCUUCCUGGCGCGAGACCCUCGCGAUGAUCUUGACCUACGCGCGCGAGGAGGAGUUCAUCACGCUCUGCCAGCAGCUGGGCGAGCGGCUGGAGCAGCUGGGCGCUCGCGACGAGGCCUUGCUGUGCUCGAUCUGCGCGGUCGAUGUGAGCGGUCUGCUGCGUCUGGGACUGGGAGCGAGCCAGGAUUACCGCGUGCGCUCGCACUUGUCCGUGAUGGAAGUGCUGCUGAUUCUCUGCACCAUGGUGCCCGUGCAGGACCUCCAUCUCGACGCCAAGCUCGCGGCCUUCGGAGAGAAGCUCGCCGUGCUGUGCGAGGCGCUGGAGGAGCAGGGCAUGAACUCGAUCACCUCGCACUUCCUCCAGAGUCUCCGCUCCGCUCCGUCCGCCCAGUCGCUGCUCCAGGCCAUGGCAGCCGCCGUCCCGGACUUGCUCCCAGGCUUCCGGCCCGCGGCUGCUCCUGCUCAGCCCGUGGCUCAGCAGCCCGUGGUUCAGCAGCCCGUGGCUCAGCAGCCCGUGGCUCCCCAGUUCGCGAAGCAGCCCGCUCCGUCUAUGCAGCCGAUGAUGCCCGCUCCGCUCAAUGCCUCCGUGCCCGCUCCCAAGCCCUUCACUCCCGCGGCGACCGUGCCGGCUCCCAAGCCCUUCAUGCCGACGCCGUUCGUCCCUGCGACGCAGCCCGUCAUGCCGCAGCCCGCCAUGCCGCAGCCCGCCAUGCCGCAGCCGCAACCUGAGCCACAGCCACAACCCGAAGUGGAGUACGCGUAGGCGCUGCUUCUUCCUUCUCAUCUCCAGAAUCACGCCGCAGCAGCAGGGAAUCAUGAGCUCGCUGAGCAAUACCAUCGCACUACUGCGCGAAGCCCCGCUCACCGCGGUAUUCUUCGAAUUCGAGCGUGAUGUGUAGCCCCAGCAAGGAAUUCUCGUGAAGGCUGAAGAGGCGAUCGCCUGCAUGGAGAAGCAGUUCAAGAAGGGACUGGUGUCGCAGGAGGCCGAGGCACUGCUCGUUUUGUUGCAGGACAAGCUGAACGCGUUCGACUUUGUGGGAGCUGAAGAUGUGUACAAGAAACUGAAUCUGGAGUUCUGGAAGGCGCACAAGGACUGGCUGUUGCCUCUGAAGCACUUCCUGAAUCUCUGCAAGAAGAUGUCUUCAUAGUAGUGAUGAAUAGUAGAGUAUGGAAU